UCAUCACUCAAUUUAGUUGGAAUGAUUGAAUUUCAUUGAGUCUCCAAUCUCACCUCACUUCACGAUGUCGAAUAAAACAAUAGCUUAUUUCUACGAUGCAGACGUUGGAAACUUUCAUUAUGGUCCUGGUCAUCCCAUGAAGCCUCACAGAUUAGCACUCACACACAAUCUAGUACUCAACUAUGGCCUCUACAAGAAAAUGCAGAUUUACAGACCAUACAGGGCUACAGCACACGACAUGUGCAGAUUUCAUUCAGAUGACUACAUUGACUUUCUACAAAGAGUAACACCGCAGAACAUCCAGAAUUUCACCAAGAGCUUAAGUCAUUUCAAUGUCGGUGACGACUGUCCAGUUUUUCCAGGUCUCUUUGACUUCUGUUCCAUGUACACAGGAGCAUCUUUAGAAGCAGCAACCAAACUCAACAACAAUCUGUGUGAUAUUGCAGUGAACUGGGCAGGUGGUCUUCAUCACGCUAAGAAGUUUGAGGCUUCAGGGUUCUGCUAUGUCAAUGAUAUCGUCAUUGCUAUUCUGGAAAUCCUUAAGUAUCACCCUAGAGUGCUGUACAUUGAUAUAGACAUCCACCACGGAGAUGGGGUUCAAGAAGCAUUCUACCUCACAGACAGGGUCAUGACAGUAUCAUUCCACAAGUAUGGCAAUCACUUCUUUCCAGGCACAGGUGACAUGUAUGAGGUUGGUUUAGAGAAUGGUCGUUACUACUCCAUCAAUGUACCUCUCAAGGAUGGCAUAGAUGAUCUCAUGUACUCUGGCCUCUUCAAACCAGUUAUACAAAGUGUUAUGGAGUUCUACAGACCUUCAUGUAUAGUCCUACAGUGUGGAGCAGACUCCUUAGGGUGUGACAGACUAGGUUGCUUCAGUCUUAGUAUCAAAGGUCACGGUGAAUGUGUAGAGUACGUCAAACAAUUCAAUGUACCCCUCCUCGUGAUGGGUGGGGGCGGUUACACAGUCAGGAAUGUAGCCAGGUGUUGGACAUAUGAAACAUCGUUAUUACUCAAUGAUGAGAUCAGUAAUGAGCUUCCUUACAAUGAUUACUUUGAGUACUUUGCACCAGAUUUCACAUUGCAUCCAGACACCACAACAAGAAUCGAGAACCUCAACACAAAAGCAUACAUUGACCAGGUGAGGCAGGGAGUGCAUGACAACCUGAAGUGUAUAGCCCACGCACCCAGUGUACAGAUGCAUGAUGUUCCACCAGAUCUCCUGAGUCUAGAGAAUAUAGAGGAACCUGACCCAGAUGUGAGGAACAGUACCAAGGAUCAAGAUGAAAGGAUUGAACCAGCGAACGAGUUCUAUGACGGAGACAAGGACCAGGAUAAGGAGGAUGGUGUAGUACUAGAUGUAUAACAAACGUUGCAUUCACUAAUGUUUAAUGUGAAUGCAGUCCUAUUCAAUCAAUGAGGAGGGGAGUUCACAUUUGUAUUCAAAUGUCAUACGCAUAUUUCUUGGUCAUGUGUUUAUUCUUUGUUACCCUGUGGUGCUUGUCAGAGGUCUUGCCUGACAUAGCUGAAACAUAUGUUGCCCAUGAUUGCCUACAAGAAGGAGCUUUCUUGUUUCAGUCAAAGUGAAAUGCUAAAUGUGUUUAAUGCAAUUUUGUCUGCAGUGAAAUUAACCUCAAAACAGUAAAACAUCAGAAAUUUGGAUGUAUGGAGAUAUAUUUUGAUUAUAUCAUUUUUUCUUGGUCACAUAAAAUAUCUAUAUUGGAAUGUAGACUACUACUCUCACUUUCCGAAUGUAAUGUGCAUCUCUCAUAUUGGUAGUUUACCAUUUACUUCCACAUUGAUCACAUCCUUUUUGAGAGAACGUAGAUUAAUUUAGUAUCGUACGAUUCCACUGAGCUUAUUGUCACAAUGUUGACCAAGAAGUAUGCAUGUUUUGAUUGUUCAUGUCAACUCCCCUUUCUAUCUGUACAGUAUGUAUAAAUAUUCAGUCACAGUCAAUGCAUCGUUUCCAUUCAGAAGAUAUUUGUUUUGCCUAAAUAUGCCAUGAAAGCGGAAGCAUUAUUCAGAAAGCACUAUAUGAUGUAUAAAUGCACUUGUAAUGCUGCAGCAGCCCCCCCCCCCCCUCCAAAGUCAUAUGUUCCUUUGUUUUACCCCCCCCCCCCCUAUUUUCCUCUCAUUUACCCCCUUAUUUACCUCUUUUGCCUGAUUUCAGUUUGUGUAGUUAGCUAAAUCAUUAUAAAAUUCCCAUCAAUACUUUCAAAAUUCACACUCCUGACUAAGGGUUAUUGUAAGUGUCAUACAUACAAUUAUUCAUGGACCAUAUAUAUGAACCUUCUGACAUAGCAUACCAAAUAUAUCAUCAGACGAUAGGGUGCUCUUAUGUAACCAUACCAGUUUGACACCCUUAUUUGUACUGUAUAAGCCAAUCUUUUUAUGUACAAAUAUUUUGUGUAUGACAAAGACACAGACAUUUAUGCGAGUUGUUUCUGUUAUAAUUAACACUGGCAACUUAUAAUACAUGCUCACACAUGCUUUUGCAGCUUAUUUGUGUGUGUGUUGUUAAAUUCUUGAUCGUUCAUCGAUUCAGGAAGUUAAUGAAAAGGUAAUUUAAACCAUUACAAUAUUUUUGGCUGAUACAAUAUAUAGUAUAUGGUAUAGUAUACCUGAUCCUACAUCAAUUCAGGAAAUUAGUGUAAGUGUAAUAAAACCCCACAAAAACAUUGGCUGAUACAAUGUAUCAGGAUAUUGGUAUAACAUAUUGAUGGACCUUACCGUUUACCAUAGUGAGAAAGGGGGAUUCUUGUGAUGCAUUUUUCCCAAUAAUAUAUCCUAUUAGUUAGAUGAACCUUAUGCCAUUAACUGUUGUAUGCUACACAGAUAAACAGUACUAUUAAGCAUGAGCAGAUAAUCUACAGAACUGUGUUCUGCAAAUACUUACAUGCCACAGCUUUUCUGAUCAUGGGCAGUAUUAAGUAUGAUGCACAGACCAGGGACCAUUUCACAAAUCCCUUUUUCAAUGACAAAUGACAAAAAAUUAGUGACAAAUCUGCUGAUAACCAAUCGAAAGCAAGGAUUUCAGUAGCUUAUAACAAAGCCUAUCAUUUGUCACUGAUGACAAGUUUUGUGAAACUGGCCCCUGGGCGUCAUUUGACCAGAAUACAUUUUCUGCAUUCUUAAACCAUUAUAACAGAAUAUAAAUAUUCCUGUAAAGUGAAUCACAUGCCAGCAAGCAAGGCGAUUGCGUCUACUUUUGAUGAGCAGCUGUAUAGUUUCCUUAAGUCUAGUAAGCUUUGUAUUUGAGUAAGACAGUAAGACACCAAAUAGUAUUGUUUUUUACUUGCAAUUUUGAUGUACAUGUAGAACAUGUGAUAGUUAGAGACAACACCUCUGUAAUAUUUGUGGAGUAUUUUUUUUGGAAUAAACUGUGAAACGAUUCAUUACUAGUAAGUAGGAAAUUCAUGCUUCUAGGCUAUUUUUGUAUUUAUAAACUCAUUUCAAGGCUGUACAUUUUAUGCAUAUGAAAGUAGAGUCAUAGAGAUUAUGUCCAGUUUUUCUUGAUAGCUUUGUCCUACCAUUCAAUACACUGCCAAUAUUAAUAGAGAACUAGGCUUUCUUAGGAGUAUUGAUAUUUGGAGCCGUUAUGCUGCUUUUGAAUCUAAAAAUAGGCUGGCAAGUCUUUGGCAAAUUACUGAAUUUAAGUACAAUUACAGAGCAGCUCUCUCAGAUAACGCCUACCGGUAUACUGCCCGAGUGCUAUCAAUUAACCAGGACCUGUACAUAGAGGCGAGGCAUCUUAAGCUGCUUCCAGAAGUCAACCUUAAGUAACCUUAAGUAUGUCUGGAGCCAUCUUAAGGUUGAAAGCAAGUGAUUUAGGCGUGAGUUAAGUUGCCCUACUUUUCAAAAGUGUGGUAGACCUUUCUUGAACGUUGAACAUGUACAAAUAGCUUGCCAGACCAGUAUGUUAUGAUAUUGAUGCAAAUAAUAUAAGCUUGUGUAAUAUUCAGGUAGCCAUAUGACAAGCACACAUGUACUGAUUGUAGACUGUAUAGUCACUGUUAAUGUCUUACAUUUAUGGUUUGUGACAUGUUUAUCCUGCAUCAACACAAUAAUUUCAAUUUUAUUUGUAUGAAGGGUUUUGCACCAAACAGAAAAAUCAGUAUAUCUUACGCUUUAAGCAAAAAUCCACAUUUCAUGCUUGCUAUGCCUACAAUUUACAAGAAAUGGAAUGGAAUGGAAUGUUCUUAUAACUGUAGCAAUUUUUUUUAACAACAGCAAGAACUUAUGACAGCUAUAUGUAUUUUUAUAGCUUUUGCACUAUUACUACUGUUGAAGUGGAUGAUGCAGUUUGAUAUUCAGAGAAAACAUCAAGAUUCUUGUUGAAGGAAUCAGGGAUUUAUAGAAGAAAAAAAACACAUGAGUGGUUGUGAAUUGUGAAGAUAUUAUUAAACAAUGUGGGGUGAUUACGAAAGUGGUUAGACUAAACCAAUAAGU